GCAGAUUCCAGAGGGAAACAAAGAAACAGCUACUCACUGUAUAAUACGCCGUAAAGUGGCUUAAGUUGCCAAGUGAGGCUGUGAAGUGUUGACACACGACCCCUCGACUUUGGACCUGUCUUUCCCGAAUACGUAUAGAACAUGGCAGACAAGCAGAUCCACUACUCGGAGAAAUACACGGAUGACAAGUACGAGUACAGACAUGUGAUGCUGCCCAAAGAAAUUGCCCGCCGUGUGCCUAAAACGCAUUUGAUGUCUGAGGCUGAAUGGAGAAACCUUGGAGUCCAGCAGAGCAAAGGAUGGGUGCACUACAUGAUCCACCAACCAGAGCCUCACAUUCUUCUUUUCCGAAGACCUCUACCCAACCUCAUCUGAAGCUUCCGUAGUCCACCCUACUGGAACUUUCUCUGCCAACGCUCCAUGAAGGACGGUCAAGCUGCUGCAUUACUGUGGACCCGUGGGUUCCGGCCUCCUGUAAUCUGAGCUGACCUGGUUGGACCGUUUGGUAAAUGAAGAGCUGUACAGCAAAGACUUGUGCAUGUAUCACUGCUGUCACUUCCCACUUGAGUGAUCUGGACCCCAGUCCGAUCCAAAAACUCACUGAUCAGUUGAAGUGUUUUGAAGUUCAUGUUGCUGCUUUGAUGAAAUGAUGACUCUAAAGGAACAUUUAACUGUAUUUAUCUAGUCCUCGAACACCAAGAUUAGAGGCUGACUGAUUCAUUUUCUUUGGAAGAUCCUCAAUGGUCUUUUUUAGACUUUUUAACUUUGAUUCCACUGGAGCUGCUCUGAGUUCAACCUCAAAUAAA